UGAAAAAAUGUCACGUGAACAUUAUGUAAUUUCUGGUGUAAACUUUGAUGUUCAUAAUGUAGUAAGAUUCAAAUACAAUCAAAAUUUAUCUCGAACGUAUAUAAUUAAAAAAUUUUAAAAAAAAAUGGCGUAGCCGAUGCUUCAUUAUUGCUAAGACGAGAGUAGAGAUUGCUUAAAGACUUGUACUUUGUUUGUAGAAAUUGUACCUUUCCCUGGCAUCAGUAUUUUCCCACUAUAUUCCUCGUUCCACUCUUUACAUAUCACACCGCUGACAAGAUCCAUACUAUACUCAGCAGCUCAAUUGAAAAUGUCAGCUACUUUGAAUUCUCCGCUAUCCUGUGCGAUCUCAUCUUCCUUCACUCUUCAGGAGAGGAAAUUGCGAUUGGCCGCUCAAUUGGCAAACACAAGUAUCAUAUUUAGGCCUCGUCGAUGUUUUCCUUUAAUCCGAGCUUCUAGUGGUUCCUCUUCUUCUCUCGACACCGGUUUGAGCACUGAAUUGGAUGCUGUCACCAGUUACAGUGAGAUCGUCCCCGAUACUGUCAUUUUCGAUGACUUCGAGAGAUUUCCACCAACAGCUGCCACUGUCAGCUCCUCGCUCAUCUUGGGUAUCUGCAGCCUCCCUGACACUAAAUUUAGGAGUGCUGUUGAUACUGCAUUGGCAGAUUCAAAAUGCUACGGAUUAGAGAGCUCCAGUGAUCGCAUGUCUUGUUUCUUUAACCAGGCAUUAGUGAAUGUUGGUGGUGAUCUUGCAAAGUUUGUGCCUGGUCGUGUUUCUACAGAAGUAGAUGCUCGUCUUGCAUAUGAUACUCAUAGCAUUGUUCAGAAGGUGUACAAGCUCCUAGAAUUGUAUAGUGAAGUUGGCGUGGCUCCAGAGAGGUUGUUGUUCAAAAUUCCUGCGACUUGGCAAGGGAUUGAGGCAUCAAGAUUACUGGAGUCUGAGGGCAUUCAGACACAUAUGACGUUGGUCUACAGCUUUUGUCAAGCUGCAGCUGCAGCUCAAGCUGGUGCUUCUGUCAUUCAGAUAUUUGUUGGUCGCCUUAGGGAUUGGGCUCGCAACCAUACUGGUGACCCAGACAUAGAAACUGCUCUUAGAAAAGGAGAGGACCCUGGGUUGAUCUUGGUGACAAAGGCCUACAAUUACAUUCACAAAUAUAAACAUAAAUCAAAACUAAUGGCUGCAGCAAUUCGCAACAAACAGGACGUCUUUAAUCUUCUAGGGGUUGAUUACAUUAUCACCCCAUUGAAGAUAUUGCAGUCUCUAAAGGAAUCUGUGACACCUCCUGAUGAGAAAUACUCUCUUGUCAGAAGGCUAUCUCCACAAUCUGCUGCCACCUACAAUUUUAGUGAUAAAGAGAUUGUGAAGUGGGACCAAUAUAGCUUUGCCUCGGCAAUGGGACCUGCAGCGGUGGAGCUUCUCACUGCUGGAAUGGAAAGCUAUGUUAAUCAAUCAAAGCGGGUUGAAGAAUUGUUUGGGAAGAUGUGGCCACCCCCAAAUGUGUAAAUUAAUAUCAUGAGAAAUCCACAAGACAUUGCCCACAUAAAAUAAAAGUGUCCACACCAAACCCAGCAUCUCCAUGUUGAAAUCUUUUGUUUGCUAUCCUUGAUGCAAUGUCCUCUACAAAGGUACCUGUUUUGUUUUGGUCUUAUGAUCUCAUUUGUGGAAUAGGUAAUGUGGCUUGUGGGUUAUUUUA